CGCUGCCUUUAGCCGCCUUCCAGAGUUCGCACACUAAAGACUUAUCCGCGAUUUAAUUGAAAGCCACAGACCUCCUCCUUCCACGCAUGUUCCCGGUGUAAAGAGACGGGGGUGGGGGCUGAUUUAGCAAGUGCUUCUUCCCUCCCUCUCUCCUGAUCAUCACUCUCCCCCCCCCUUUUGCAAGCAACCCGGUUUCCGACCUCUCCACCUUCCAACUCUCUCGAACUGACGUCGCCUCUCCGCCGCCGCCCCCCCCAAUGUAAAUUUCAUGAUUGCUUUCCGUGAUGUCAUUUUGAAAAGGGACAGACAAUAGGCUGCGGGCAAAGAAAAUGAGUUCCGAGGCAAAUUGCUGAGUCAGAGGUGGACCCGUGGAGAAAAGAUCAGCAGUUGCGAGACAGCAAAAAGCCUCCACAGCAGGCACCUCAAGAUGAGUUUAGAGAACGAUGAUAAGCGAGCACGUACGCGAUCAAAGGCAAUCAGAGUACCUGCAGAACUCAUCGGCCAGGAGGUGAGCUGCCCUACUCCAGGAUGUAAUGGAUCGGGACACAUCCGGGGGAAAUACGCAAGACAUAGGAGUUUGCAAAGUUGCCCAUUAGCAAAGAAGAGGAAGCUUCAACAUGCAGAGGCAGAACAUCUGGCAUCCAAGAGGAAGUCCCACCCCCUCAAGCUAGCCCUCGAUGAAGGCUACAACGUGGACAGCGAUGGCAGUGAAGAGGCAGAGUUGAAAGAGGAGUCAGUGACGGGCGACUCCGAGGGCACGGUGGAGGAAGAAGAAGCGGAGACGAUAGACCAAGAAGAAACCUGCAGUAACCCUCCACCGGAAGAAGGUCAGACAGUGGAAGAGACUCUGGAAGCCAAGGAACAGGGAGGUGAAAGUGACGGACAAGUCUCUAAUGCUGGGGAAGACGUCACACAUUUGCUGCAGGAAGGAGUGGCAGAGGAGGAAGAGGAGGAGGAAGAGGAGGAGGAGGAGGAGGAGGAGGAGGCAAUCCAGGAGGAAUGUGAGAAGGAGAUCAUCAUUCAGACUGAAGAUGCGGAAGAAGUCAUCGAGGUCACCAGCGAGCGCAGCAGCGAUUUGUGCCUGGAUCACCAUCGGGAUGAGGAGGUGAGCUAUAAUGAAUCAUGCAAACUGAGAAAAGAGGAGGAGGAAGACAAUGAAGAGGAGGAAGAGGAGGAGGAAGAGGAGGAAGAGGAUGAGGAAGAAGAAGAGGAGGAGGAGGAGGAGUAUGAAGAGGAAGAAGAGGAAGAAGAGGAGGAAGAGGAGGAGGAGGAAGAAGAAGAACCAGCAAGCCAAGUAAUCUGUGAAGAAGCUCCUCAUACAUCUCAGGAUUCCCCCAAAACCCACUGUGAAGGACUGACAACAAGCCCCAAGCCUGAGUACUCUGUUAUUGUGGAGGUGAGAUCGGAUGAUGACAAGGACGAUGACUCUCACUCCCAGAAAUCCACUGUGACGGAUGAAUCGGAGAUGUACGACAUGAUGACCCGAGGGAACUUGGGGCUUCUGGAGCAGGCCAUUGCAUUGAAAGCUGAGCAAGUCAAGGUGGUGAGGGAGCCUGGCCAGCCGCUGACAGGGGAACAUGCAAAACAUUUCCAGGUGGAGGAGAAGCAGAAUAAAGCCUUGGAUUCCAUCAGAAAGAGCUACUACGGCAAAGAUCCUUCAAGACCUGAGAAGCGUGAGAUCAAAUGCCCCACUCCCGGCUGUGAUGGCACAGGACAUGUCACAGGGUUGUAUCCUCACCAUCGGAGUUUGUCUGGCUGCCCACACAAAGACAGGAUCCCUCCUGAAAUACUGGCCAUGCACGAGAAUGUAUUAAAAUGUCCAACGCCUGGAUGUACUGGACAGGGUCAUGUGAACAGCAACCGCAAUACUCACCGAAGCUUAUAAGGGUGCCCCAUUGCAGCUGCAGAAAAACUAGCCAAAUCUCAUGAGAAGCAGCAGCCUCCGACCGGUGACCCUUCAAAGAGUAACUCAAAUUCUGACCGGAUACUCAGGCCUAUGUGCUUUGUGAAGCAACUGGAGGUGCCUCAGUAUGGGAGCUACAGGCCCAAUAUGGUUCCCACCACGCCAAGAGCCAACUUGGCCAAGGAACUGGAAAAGUACUCCAAGGUCACCUUCGAUUAUGCAAGUUUUGAUGCUCAGGUUUUUGGCAAACGCAUGCUUGCCCCAAAGAUUCAGACUAGCGAAACCUCACCUAAAGCCUUUAAAUGCUUCGACUACUCCCAUGAUGCCGAAGCCGCGCAUAUGGCCGCCACCGCCAUUUUGAACCUUUCCACUCGCUGUUGGGAAAUGCCCGAGAACCUCAGCACCAAGCAACAAGAUCUCUCCAGCAAGCCCAUGGACAUUGAGGUGGAUGAAAACGGGACCCUAGACUUGAGCAUGAACAAGCACCGCAAACGGGAGAGCGCCUUUCCCAGCAGUAGCAGCUGCAGCAGCAGCCCCAGCAUCAAAUCCCCGGAUGUCUCCCAGCGCCAAAACAGCACCAGUGCCACGAGCAGCACCAUGACCUCGCCCCAGUCCAGCCACACAUCCCGCCAGGAUGAUUGGGAUGGGCCCAUCGACUACACCAAACCCAAUCGUCAGAGGGAAGAAGAGCCAGAAGAGUCGGAGUCCGUGAUCCGUUCUUUCGCCUCCUCCGAAGCAGAUGAUCAGGAAGUACCGGAAGAAAACUUUGAAGAAAGGAAGUAUCCCGGGGAAAUUACUUUAACCAACUUUAAGCUUAAAUUCCUUUCCAAGGAGAUCAAGAAAGAGCUACUCACUUGCCCUACCCCAGGCUGUGAUGGCAGCGGACACAUCACGGGGAAUUAUGCUUCUCAUCGCAGCCUUUCUGGUUGCCCUCUUGCUGACAAGAGUCUCAGAAACCUCAUGGCUGCCCAUUCUGCUGACCUCAAGUGCCCAACUCCCGGCUGUGAUGGCUCCGGUCACAUAACAGGAAAUUAUGCAUCACAUAGGAGUCUAUCAGGCUGUCCUCGUGCCAAGAAAAGUGGGAUCAAGAUCACCCCCACAAAGGAUGACAAAGAGGACCCAGAACUGAUGAAGUGCCCAGUUCCAGGUUGUGUUGGGCUUGGACACAUCAGUGGCAAAUACGCCUCCCAUCGUAGUGCCUCGGGGUGCCCCCUCGCUGCCCGGAGGCAGAAAGAAGGGUCCCUUAAUGGCUCGUCCUUUUCAUGGAAGUCGCUCAAGAAUGAAGGCCCUACCUGUCCAACGCCAGGUUGUGACGGCUCAGGUCAUGCAAAUGGAAGCUUCCUCACUCAUCGAAGCUUGUCAGGGUGUCCCAGAGCAACGUUUGCUGGCAAAAAGGGGAAAAUCUCAGGGGAUGAAAUUCUCAACACUAAAUUCAAGACCAGUGAUGUGCUAGAGAACGAUGAAGAAAUUAAACAGUUAAACAAAGAGAUCAGCGAGCUGAACGAAUCCAACAGUGAGAUGGAAGCAGCCAUGGUGAAGCUGCAAUCCCAGAUUUCAAGCAUGGAGAAAAAUCUCAAGAACAUUGAGGAGGAGAACAAGAUUAUAGAGGAGCAGAAUGAAGCCCUCUUCCUCGAGCUCUCAGGGCUGAGCCAGACUCUUAUCCAAAGUCUUGCCACUAUCCGCCUUCCACACAUGGAGCCAAUCAGCGAGCAGAACUUUGAUGCAUAUGUCAACACCCUUACUGAUAUGUAUACAAACCAGGAGUGUUAUCAGAAUCCAGAGAACAAAGACCUCCUGGAAAGCAUCAAGCAGGCCAUUAAAGGGAUUAAGGUCUAAGUACAGCUUGACAAAAAAGAAAAAGGGGAAAAGAAAGAAAAGAAAGAAAAGAAAAAGAAAAAGAAGUGGAAGUGGAAGUUGAAAGGAACUGGAAGAGGACCUUCAGUUUGCAUAUUCAGGUUUAAAAGUUAAGAAACUCGUUGAAUGAAUGAAUAAAAGGACCAAAACUGAACCAAGAGGCCAUUCACAAGAAGCCGAACUGAAUUCAGAGGUUUUCGUUUACUCGACAGUGUCCCUUUGGCAAAAUAGUGGGAGCUUUCUUUUGGUUGUUGUUUUUUUUUACCCCAUUCUAUAUGGGUGGGGAUUCAAAGACAGUCUUGGAUGCAGAUGGAGAUCCUAGAUCUUCUCAAGCUACGGGGGCACUUCCACCAAAAGAGGAGGCUUCAUAGUAGAGUUAGUCCAAGAUCUAGAGAGUAUUUAAAGGGGUAGGGCUUUUGUCUGUAGCUUACACAACAGGUUCCACAACCUCCGUGUUGCCUGGAGUUGUGUCCCCAGACCGUACAUACCGGAUGAAUUAAGCUGGAGCUGCACAGAAAUCUGGGCUGGGAUUCUUAACUCCACCAGAGAUUCCAAAGCCUGCUGGACACAAGAACUCUUGACAAGUAUUAUAGAAUAGCAUUAUUUUUUAAUUUCCAAAAGAGCAGCUGUGGAUCUCCAGUGGGAAGCGCAAUGGAAAAAAAAAUUUACAAAAGGUUCUCAGGGAAGCUUUUUCGGACUUUGCAACUACAGUAUUCCUUUGUCCGUCUUUAAAAAAAAAAGAUGAUGAUGAUGAUGAUAGCUAUUAAUAAACAGACCAACAUGGGAACAUUUUGUAUGGAAGAACUCUAAAUGUGUCAUAGUCCAGUGUACAUGAGUUUUGGAAAGUCCUUUUUGCUGACUGUUCUGGUUCUGUUCGUCGUUGCCGUCAUCGUUGAGUAACUGCAGAAGUACCGCAGGCAUCCAUGCCAGAGACAUAUUUUAAGGUACAAAAGGGAGUCUGUGAAGAGUUAUUUUGCUCUUUUUAAUGUGGACUUUGGCUACAACGUACAUGGUAAUUUUUGUUGUUCUCGUCAUCGUUCUACGCUUUUUUCCCCCUACAUUUUUGGGGGGGGGGGUACGUUUUGCAAAAACAGAGUGAUUGUCAUUCUACGAAAGGAACAAUUGGCUUUAGAUCUUCCAAAGAACCACUUUGUUUUUGUGCUGAGUGUUUGUUUUUUUUAGGUACCCCUCCAGUUAUACAUAGCCUGCUGUGCACUUAAAGAGCUACCGCAAAGUGAAUGUCUCUUAGCAAAACAAAUGUUGCUUAUCGGCACCUCUCGGAUAUGUAUUGCCAGAUCUGUAAAAGGAACUAAGAGUGUUGGGGGAAAACAUAGAUAUUGGUUCAGCAGGUAGAUUAUUAACUUCUCUUUAAAAUGCUUGAUUAGUACCUGGGGGAUAUGCAAGCGCCACUGGCAACACGCUGGGCCAUAAACUGGGUGGGAGCAGAUUAUAAAUUCUGGAAAACUGCCCUCGCACUGUAUCAACUGCCAAAAGGUCAAACAAAUGUCUGCCUCCCACACCAGUCCCAAAAGCAUGAAAAUGCAGUUGUGAGGCGUGAAAGACAACCCCUCUGUUUUCCCCUAGCACACACUUAUGUCUCCUUACACAGAUCCUCAUCUCAAACUAUGAAGGGUGGCCCCGAUCCAUCCAAAAGCCAGUAGAUUGGUUAGAUGAAUUCAACAAGAUAAAAUAUUAAGAUGUUUAGGGUGCUUAAAUCCUGCUUCUAUUGGCAAUAAUUUGAUUUUCACAGCUAAACCCCACUUCCUGCUAACUUCUGAGGCUGCAAUUCUAUACCUGCUUACCUGGGAAUAUGACCCAUGGAACUCAAUGAGACUUGUUUAUUUUAAACAAAAAUUGUGCAUAGGAUUGUGCUGUACAUGUGUUUUUCAGCUAGCUAGGGUAGUUGUGGGAUUAUUUUUCCCCUUCCCAAAUAUACUAAGUGAAAUCCUGGCUUCAUUGAAAUGAAUGAGAAAAACAUGUUGAUUAUGGUGAGAACAAGAGCUUCUAAAGCAACAUUUCCAAAACAUUUCUUCAUACACAUGUGUGUGCCAACUUUUCCCUUCUGGAUUUGGU